UUGAGUUCGAGACGACGACAAGAGACAAGCUGUGGUCGUGAAAUCGAAACCAGAGCCUUGGACUGUGUCUCUGCUCUGUGAUUCACUUGUCCAUUUUCGAUCUUUGAAGCUGAAUCUAGCGAUUCCUCUAUCUCAAGCUCCGACACUACUGUGCAAUAAAGACAGUAGCAGCAGCAGCAACACAUGAACUCGUGCAAAUCCAUUAUCCGUGCCUCAAUCUCUUCAUUUCCAUUCGUUCCUCUUCCAAACCCUAAUUCCUCUAUCACCUUUAUCCUCCCAGUUCGCGCCUUUCCUCCUCUCUCCGUCCUCCAUCCAAAUCCAUCAUGCAUUGGAACAGCUCGACGCACAUUUCAUGGAGUUGCGGCUCUUUCACCGGAAAGCUUAACGGAAGAUUCUCCCAAGGAUACUGUGAAGGACUUGCUAACAACCAAUCGUGGCGACGCGUCAAGCAUGAUGAAGAUGGAGCGGAGGUGUAGCUUAAGCGAUGGUGAAGGUGAUUGUAGAGGAUCUUGGUUUCCUUACGAGGAUAGGUUUAGGUGUGCUGAGGUGCAUCUUAGUAGCCGUGAGGUGUUGGAGGCGGUGACUCCUCAUAUGAUGGAAGAGAGGACAGAUAGGUUCAGGCGUGUGGUGGAGAAUCGAAGCUUCUCGGUGUGUCUUGUGGUUGAAGGUCUCUCUGAUUUUGGAAACAUUUCUGCUGCUUUCCGCUCCGCGGAUGCGUUAGGGAUUCAAUCUGUACAUGUUGUUUCCUGUGGCAGUUCCAAAAGGUAUAACGGAAAUCGCCAUGUGAGUAUGGGAGCUGAGAAAUGGCUGGACAUUGAGUUUUGGGACACACCUAAAGAAUGUUUCAAAGUUUUGAAGUCUCGGGGUUACAGAAUUGCCACAACUCAUUUGGGAAUGGACACGGUUUCCAUUUAUGAUAUGGACUGGUCAUGCCCAACAGCAAUAGUUGUUGGAAACGAGGGCAGGGGAAUAUGUGACGAAGCGUUGGAGUUAUCAGAUCUGCGUUGCAGUAUUCCGAUGAAUGGAAUGGUUGAUUCGUUCAAUGUCUCAGUGGCUGCAGGGAUUCUGAUGCACCACGCAGUCUCUGACAGAACCACUCGUCUGGGAAGUCAUGGAGAUCUGUCGGAAGCAGAGAAGGAGAUAUUGAUGGCUGAGUUCUCACUUCGUCACAGUAGAAGCUCAAUUAGCAUUGCUUACGAGUUCGCUAAACGUAAACAACACUCUUCUUCCUUCUAAUUUUGAAACAGUUCUCUUAUUCUUGCUGUUUUUUUUUCUUUUUUCUGUAAGAGUCCUACGACGCUGGCUUAAUGUACAAUUCCUCUUUAAUUAUCAAAGGGUUGUUGACUCA